AUGUCAGAAUCUGUUGGUAUUAUUGGUGCUGGCCCAGUUGGUUGUUUGACUGGUCUGUUCUUAGCUCAAAAGGGUUAUGAUGUCACUCUAUUUGAUUUCAGAGAUGAUCCAAGAGCUCCUACUCACAAGACUCAAUUGAGAUCAAUUAAUUUAGCUAUUUCAAAUAGAGGACUAAGUGCUAUUGAUGCUGUUGACCAUGAAUUGUAUCAAUAUGUUUUGGAAAAUGUUAUUCCUAUGAAAGGUAGAAUGAUUCAUUAUCUCUCUGGUGAGCAGGAACCUCAAAUGUACGGUCUAUAUGGAGAGACCAUUAAAUCAGUCGAUAGAAAUGGUAUUAACAUCUUCUUAUUGGAUGGUUUAAAAGAAUUCGAAUUGAAGGGCAACUUAAAGGUCCAGUUUAAGCAUAAGUUAAGGAAAAUUCAAUUCGAUUAUAAUGACUCAAAACAACGUUGUGAAUUUAUCUACCCUUAUGAACCAGGUAAAAGCACAACUGUCAAUUAUGAUUUCGAUUUUGUAAUUGGUUCUGAUGGUAUCCAUUCAGCCACCAGAGAACAAAUGCAAAGAGCUGUAAGAAUGGACUUUAGUCAAUCUCAAGUUGACCGUUGUUAUAUCGAAUUAUCAAUUCCUCCUUCUGAUGAAUACCAGAAACAAUACAAGGGGUAUUUCGUCAUUUCUCCAGAUUAUUUACAUAUCUGGCCAAGAGAUGAGUUUAUGUUAAUUGCUUUACCAAAUAAAGAUGGUUCAUUCACUUCAACUUUCUUCAGUUCAUGGGAGAUUCUUGAUAGAUUGGUGGCAUCAAAGGAAGAGACUAGAAGAUUCUUUUUGGAGUACUUCCCUGAUGCAAUGGAAAUUAUGGGAAUCGACGAAGCUGUCGAAGCAUUCCACAACAAUCCCAAGGGUAGAUUGGCUUGUAUCGAUUGUAAACCAUACCACUACGAUGGUAAGGCUAUCUUACUAGGCGAUGCAUCCCACUCAAUGGUUCCAUUUUAUGGCCAAGGAUUAAACUGUGGUCUAGAGGAUGUCAAAGUCCUUAUGGAACUGAUGAACAAGUAUGAUGAAGACAGAUCAAAGGCUUUUUCCGAGUACUCUAGGAUCAGAUACAAAGAUCACCUGGCUAUCAUCGCUCUAUCUAACAGAAAUUACUAUGAGAUGUCUCACGACGUGACAUCCACUAUGUACCUUUUGAGAAAAGCUUUAGAUGGUGGACUAUCAAGGAUCUUAAAAGAUAAAUGGUUACCAUUAUACACAAUGGUGACAUUUAGAGAAGAUAUCCCAUACCAUAUAGCCCAGAGUGUCUCUAAAUGGCAUAGAAAAGUUGUAAAUUUUGCUAUUUCCGGGAUUUUUGCAGCUACUGCUUAUGCUGGUUACAAAUUUCUACAACAAUACCUAAAGAACAAAUAA